AUGUCAAAAGAUACCAAUACCACUUCACAUUUGAUCGGUGGGUUUGCCGGAGGUUUAACUUCAUCUGUUAUACUUCAACCUUUUGAUUUACUUAAAACAAGAUUACAACAAUCAGAAAGUGGGAAUUUAAAAACUACAAUAAAAAAUUUACAAAGUUAUAAACAAUUAUGGAGAGGUACAUUACCAUCAGCAAUGAGAACUUCAAUUGGAAGCUCAUUAUAUUUGGCAACUUUAAAUGUCUUGAGAACUUCAAUAUCAAGUAGGAAAUUAAAUCAAGUGGAAAUAUUAUCAAGUUCAACAUUACCAAAAUUAUCAAUGACUGAAAAUUUAAUAACUGGUGGUGCUACAAGAGGAUUUGUUGGGUUUAUAUUGAUGCCCAUUACAGUGCUAAAAGUUCGUUAUGAAUCAACAAUAUAUAAUUAUAAUUCCCUAAGUGAUUCAAUCAAAUCUAUUUGGAAACAUGAAGGUAUCAAAGGUUUUUUCAAUGGAUUUGCAGCAACAGCAGCUCGUGAUUCUCCAUAUGCAGGACUUUAUGUUGUCUUGUAUGAAAAAUUCAAAACUUUAUUACCAACAUUGUUCAAUAUUAAUAAAGCAUCAAUUACAAAUGAACAUUUAUUUAAUAGGAAAAAAUCUGCUAUAAUUAAUUCAACAUCUGCAUUUUUAGCUGCAAGUGCAUCCACCACUAUAACUGCUCCAUUUGAUACUAUAAAGACAAGGAUGCAAUUAGAACCAUUAAAAUUUCAGAAAUUUUUCAAAAGUUUUAGUAUGAUUAUACGGAAUGAGGGUUUUAAAAGAUUAUUUGAUGGUUUAAGUUUAAGAUUAACAAGAAAAGCAUUUAGUGCAGGUAUUGCAUGGGGGAUUUAUGAAGAAAUUAUAAAAUUUGUAAAUAGAGUUUAG